AUGAGUUCUUGCCCCUUGCUUCCAUUGCCACCUCGUUUUGGGCCUGAACCGAGGUCGAUGCUGGCCACGGUACGAAGAGCCGCAUCUAGUGUCCAGUCCAUCCAACAAUGCUUUGACCUACACCAUCUUCACGUCAACAUCAACUGCGGCAUCUGUAACAAAGAAUUGUCAGAGGGAUCCCACUGCAUGAUCAUAUACUCCAAGACCUUCCCACGAGGGCCAUGGAAGUCGGUCUCGGCACGUGUUGGACUUCAUCCAGGUCAUAUCUUUUGGCAAGGCGACGGCCUCUGCUUCUGCAGUAUCGGAUGCGACAGGAGCUUGGCCCCAGGUGCCGCCCUCACACACCUUCCAUGCUUCUAUCUGUUCUUCGUACGGAGCCCUCCGCCGCGUGUAGUCUUCCACCACAGACGCGAUCGUCUUGCCACGGCAAUGACCUUCCGCGGGUUUGACAAGGCGCCUUUCAACCGUCACUACACCAUCCGUUUUCCACGGGAAGCCUCCGUUGACGCCUUUAUCCAAACAGCCGCGCAGUUUGGCUUAGGUCGGCUUGAGAGUCUGCCGAACGAGGUCCUUUCCAUGAUCAUCAGGUUCUACGUGGGCUCUCCUUUCUUGGACGCAGUGCGAGUCAUGGCCACUUCCCUUGGGCUCUGCGCCUUCACUCCCCAUUGUGUCUGGUUCGCUCUCAAAGAAGUGGUGUCCUGGAAACGUGGAGACGCUGUUCCAGUGCUUGCUAGCCCUCAACGCCCUCAACCGGGGCCAGUCAGGAUCACUCUCGAUCCCCGUGGCAUAUUUUGUGUUGAUCGUGAGGCUGGAGGGAGUCCGUCACAUACGCAGCAUUUCGUUCACAUUCAAGAUGGCAAAGGAGUGAAGCUGUACUUCAAGGACGGUCUGGCAUAUUUGAAGCGCCCUGAAGGGCAUCCCUGGUUUCAGAUCAAUGAGCCUUCUUUUACGCGGCGCACCCAUUUGAGUACCAUGGGCCACCAUCUUCCAUCUCUCGUGGACAGUGACGAUCAGCUUGUUGUUCCAACGCAAGCACCACCACCAUCACCACCAGAGUCACCAACACAGUGA